GGGAGCUUCUCUUCUGGACAGCUUGUAAGAACGACGGACAUCGCAUGAGCUGCCGCCAGCUCUUUGCAUCGCUCUCCAGCUUCAGAUUAUCUGCACAGCCAUGGCAUGACCACGCUCACAUUACAUUCCUUUGUUUAGCAGCCGUCGAUCAUGAAGGGGCUUUUUUGGUUGUUCCUGCUGCUGCAGGCCGUUGCCUUUUCGUACGCCGAAGCCCAGGCUGCCCAGCACGUGCUUGACGGUGACGCGGCUGGGAAAGGAAACGGCAACACGUUUCGCGCAGAGAUCUCUACACAAAGCGGCGGGCAAACGGUCCGGGAACCGGGCGCCGACCUCGUUGACUCCGCGCUCGCCGAACUGCGAAAGAUACAACCACCGACACAUCACAGGACCCGGAAGCAGAAUGGCGUUCUGGGUACUGUGCUACACUUCGCCUUACAGGCGCUCCCAACCCUCCGCCUCAGCGCCCCGCCGCCCGAGCCGUCCCAUAAGAGCGCGCUUAGUGGAAAGCUUCUACACGCAACCAAGCUCCUCGAGCAAUCCGCCCGGCAGAACAACUCAGACGCGCUGUAUAUUCUCGCCGAAAUGAACUUCUACGGCAACUUCUCGUACCCCAGGAAUUUUGCCGCCGCCUUCGACUACUACCAUCAGCUGGCGUUGCUCAAUGGGAACAGCUCGGCGUUACACAUGCUCGGGCUCAUGUACUCGACCGGGGUCGGAGGAGCCGUGGAGCGCGAUCAGGCACGCGCACUCCUCUACUACACCUUUGCCGCGAACCGGGGGCAUACCAGGGCCGAGAUGACGGUAGCAUUCCGGCACCACGCGGGCAUCGGGACGCCAAGGAACUGUGACCUGGCCGUCAAGUAUUACAAGCGCGUUGCCGACAAGGCCAUCGCAUGGUAUCGGUCGGGGCCGCCGGGUGGGAUGGGCUGGAUUUCGGAAGCCUACCGAAUCGCUGACGAGACGGGUGGUGUCUACGGGGAAGGGGCUAGUGUUGCCAGUGCCGGGACAAAUGCCGUCAAGGCGCACCCUAACUCAGAUGCCUACGCAUCGAUCGAGGACAUCAUUGAGUACUUGGACCUCAUGUCGCAAAAGGGCGAUUUCAAGGCCUCGUUCAACCUGGGGCGGAUCUAUUACGAGGGCCAGAGGGGUCUCGAGAGGAACAUGGCGUUGGCCAGGAAGUACUUCUUUGAUGUCACGCAAAAGUACUGGAAGAAAGGCCGUGAGACCGACAACCCAAAGCCCGGACUGGACAAGACGGCUGGUAAGGCGGCCGGCUUCAUAGGGCGCAUGUACAUGCGCGGCGAGGGCGUUGAACAGAACUUUGACCGCGCUAAGUUCUGGUUCGAGCGCGGGGAUAAGCUCAAAGACCCCCAAUCUCAGUAUGGCCUGGGUCUGCUGUAUCUCAACGGACUUGGCGUCAAAACCGACAUCGUCCCAGCUACCGAUAAAUUCAAGGCGGCUGCUGCUAUGGACUACGCCCCUGCGCAGGUCCAGCUUGGAAGCCUGUACCUGGAUCAGGGACACAACGAGGAUCUGGUGGCUGCCAACCAUUACUUCGAAAUGGCCGCCAGAUGGGGCAACAUCGAGGCCUAUUACUACCUCGCGGAAAUGAACUUCUUCGGUGUCGGCCGCGAGAGAUCGUGCAGUACGGCAGUAAGCUACUACAAGAGCGUAGCCGAGCGGGCCGAACCCCUUGUCUCGUCCUGGGCGGAAGCCAAUCUGGCAUACGAGGACGGCGACACGGAGCUGGCACUCCUCGAGUAUUUAGGGGCGGCAGAGCAAGGGUAUGAGAAGGCGCAGAACAAUGUGGCCUACAUCCUGGAUCCGGACAAAUCUCGGCUGCCCAUCGCUCAGCUGCUGUCCUCCGGCGCCCCUGCAUCUCCGCUCCUGCAGAACCCUACGCUCGCACUAAUCCACUGGACACGCUCCUCCCGUCAGGGCAAUAUCGACGCGCUGGUCAAGACGGGCGACUACUACCUGUACGGGAUCGGCACGGAGCCCGACGUCGACAAGGCAGUUCAAUGUUAUACCGGAGCGUCGGAAUAUCACCAGAGCGCGCAGGCGCUGUACAACCUGGGGUGGAUGCACGAGCACGGUGUCGGUCUGGACCAGGACUAUCACCUAGCCAAGCGGUACUACGACGCGGCGCUGGCGACGAAUGAAGAAGCCUAUCUUCCAGUCUCCCUCAGCCUGUUGAAACUGCGAGCCAAGAGCGCUUGGAACACCCUCACGCAUGGCAGGAUCAACUCUAUCCAAGAUGAGCCGGCGCCGAAGAAAGAUUGGUCACUCAGCGAGUGGAUCAACAACUUCCUACAGGACGACGCCCAGUAUUACGACGAGCUCUACGAGGAGGUCUACGAUGAUACCGGCAUGCCCGGUGGUGAUCCCCUGGACUUUGACGACGGCGUGAUGGAAAGUGUCGCGAUCCUUGGCCUGGCUGCCGCGCUGGCCUUCCUGGUUAUGUACCGCCAACACAGGCAGCAGCAAGCAAGGCGGCGGGAAGAGGAGGCAAGGAUGCAGCAGCAGGGAGGACUCGGUAACGGUAACGUGAACCAGCAGCAACCGCAGCCGCAGCAGCCACAGGAAAGGGCGUUCGUCGCCCGGCCUGGGGAUCCUGAUUUUGUGCCGUGGGGUGUUGGGGGGGUAGGGCAUUGACGUGCGAGGCUUGGAAAUGUAUGUACACACAGCGCUAACUUCCGCUAAGGGCAUUCUUGGAGCCGCGGCGUAUCAGGUUGGUCCAUUACAUGAUGUUAUGAGAUACUAGUAGACUGCUUGGGUGCUUUUGUGUACUGGGUAGAUAGGACCCUUAGUCGGAAACACCAGCUGUUACCUACUGCUCGUACAAUACAUAUGUAGGUACAUACAAGAAUAUGGACAGAAUUCGUCCAAAUCGUUGUGAAUGCAGCAUUGGUAGGUAGAAAUCUGCAAGUCGGAUUCAGUUGUUGCGGUGGCUCAACUUGGAUUUGGCAAACCUUGAAGUUCCGG